AUGGUAGCUGCCAAGGUCAACCUCUCAAUGGCUUUUCCCAAGUCCCCUGCGCCACCCACCCCUCCCCACUCCUCCGCCACUAAAUCCUCCCUCACGCGCUCCUUCGCCGCUUACUUCUCACGCUCCUCCGCUCAGAUUCAGCCCCGCCCCUCCGACGUUCUCGACCUCCUCCGCCUCGUCGAGGACCUCCGCGAUAGAGAGUCUCGCCUUAAAACAGAGCUUCUCGAACACAAGCUCCUCAAAGAAACCGUCGCCAUCGUUCCCCUUCUCGAGAACCAGAUUUCUGCCAGGGACGCACUCAUUGAAACAAACACUACGAAAAUGGAACAAGUGGAGGCAGAGAACUGGAGGCUCAGGAACGAGCUCGAAGAACUGAAGCUCCAAUUGGAAGACGAGAAAACAGAGAACCUGAGAAAAACUAAAGCGUUGGAGGAUGAGAUUGCAGAGCUAAAGAAAACGGCGUCGGAUCAUGUCUGCAAGGCAUUAGUAAACGACGUGCAUUCUUCGACAGUAAAUGACGAGCAUUCUUCGGUGAGACUUCAAGCGCCUUUGGAGGUGGCAGGGAGGUCAAAUUUGAUAAAGAGUUUGAAGAAAACGGCGUCGGAUCAUAGAAGCGUGAACCACAAGCAGUUUGAAGCUACUGUUCAAGAUUUUAAACAAGAGACGGCUGAAAGUGAAAGGUCGCGUCGCGACUCGGAGGACCUCGCCGAUUCUACGGAGUCGAGUUUAACAAGAUCACGUGUGCCUCGCGUUCCCAAACCGCCACCGAGACCGUCAUUGUCUUCUUCAUCGACGCGCUCGAAGUACGCUGAUUCUGCGGCGUCAGAAAACGGCAAUGUCGAAUCAGAGAAAGUGAUUUCACGACCUCCUCCGCCGCCUCCUCCUCCCAAGGCUGCGUCUAAGGCUGCUCCGCCUCCUCCGCCACCGCCGCCGAAGGGGAGUAGGCAGGUUACGGCGAACGUGAGGAAGGUGCCGGAAGUGGUGGAGUUCUAUCACUCCUUGAUGAGGAGGGAAUCGCAGUCCCGGCGAGAAUCACUCUCCGGCGCGGUGGAAAUGCCGCCUGCGGCCAAUCCACGUGACAUGAUCGGUGAAAUUGAGAACCGUUCGUCUCACCUGCUCGCGAUAAAAACAGAUGUAGAGACGCAAGGAGACUUUAUUAGAUGCUUAAUCAAAGAAGUGGAGGGUGCUGCGUUUACAGACAUUGAAGACGUUGUGCUCUUUGUUAAAUGGCUUGAUGACGAGCUUUCCUAUUUGGUGGAUGAAAGAGCAGUGUUGAAACACUUCGAUUGGCCAGAGAAGAAGGCCGAUGCACUGCGAGAGGCUGCGUUUGGGUAUUGUGAUCUGAAGAAGCUAGAAUCCGAGGCUUCAUCAUUUCAUGAUGAUCCUCGGCAGCCAUGUGGUCCAGCUCUCAAGAAGAUGCAAGCUCUUUUUGAAAAAUUAGAGCAUGGAGUUUUCAAUAUCUCAAGAAUGGGAGAGUCAGCCACAAAUAGAUACAAAGUCUUUCACAUACCUGUACACUGGAUGCUUGACAAUGGUUUUGUGAGCCAGAUCAAGCUGGCAUCUGUGAAAUUAGCCAUGAAGUACAUGAGGAGAGUCUCUGCUGAGCUUGAGACAGUUGGUGGUGGUCCUGAAGAAGAGGAGCUCAUUGUCCAAGGAGUUAGAUUUGCAUUUCGAGUGCAUCAGUUUGCUGGGGGUUUUGAUGUUGAGACAAUGAGAGCAUUCCAAGAAUUGAGAGAUAAAGCGAGGUCAUGCCAACUUCAAUGUCAUAGCCAGCAACAGAAAUUCCUUUGUAGGUCUGCAACCUGCUAG